AUGGGAUUAUUACAGCUAUUUCUGGUCCUCGGCAUUUUCUGCGCCUCCCCAGUUGCAGGUUUUGGGGUUGACCCUGCCCUGCGCAUUAGCGUGUUUGAUGAACUAACACUUGGAGAAGGGUUUGAUGGAGUUACUCAGGUCCAGGGCUUCCACAGCGAGUCCAGAGCUUUCCACUUCCAAGGUUCCUCCAGGGAAGUCAAGGCUCCCGCUGAGGUCUCUGAGCGAAUGGUGCACAAGCUGAGAGGCAAGAAUGAGUUUACUGUGCUGGUGACCCUCAAACAGGAUCACCUCAACUCCGGGGUCAUCCUCUCCAUCCAUCACUCCGAGCACAGGUUUCUGGAGCUGGAGAGCAGUGGCCAGCGCAGCGAGGUGCGUCUCCACUACCGCACCAAAGGGCAGCAGGCCCACACCGAGGUGUUCCCUUACAGCCUGGCCGACGACCAGUGGCACAAGGUCUCUGUGGCCGUCAGUGCCUCUCACGUCAUACUGCAUGUCGACUGCAAUAGGAUUUACGAGAGGGUGGUGGAAGCGCCGUACAUGGACGUACCUGAGGAUGCAUCCUUCUGGCUCGGACAAAGAAACGCCGCUCACGGGUUCUUUAAGGGGGUGAUGCAGGACGUGGAGAUCGUGGUGAUGCCACAGGGUUACAUCUCACAGUGUCCGGACCUGAACAGAACUUGCCCAACCUGCAAUGAUUUCCAUGGACUUGUGCAGAAAAUCAUGGAGCUGCAGGACAUCCUCGCUAAAACAUCCAGCAAGCUGUCCAGGGCCGAGGAGAAGAUGAAUGGACUGGAUGGCUGCUAUUGUGAGAGAACCUGCAGUGUCAAGGGGGUCGUCUACAGAGAGGACGAGGGCUGGACAGAUGGCUGCAAGAACUGCACAUGCACGAACGGCACGGUGCAGUGCGAGGCCAUCUCCUGCCCCCCCCCUCAGUGCCCGGCUGCCACGGCGCCUGCCUACUUGAAGGGUGCCUGCUGCAAGGAGUGCCAGCCUGUCUGCAUGUUCGGAGGAAGGGAGCUGGUGGAGGCUGAUCGGAAGGCUGUGCGCGACUCCUCCGGCCGGUGCCUGUUGUUUGAAUGCAGGGACAGGACGAUGCAUCGAGUGGUCCCCAGCGAGCCGUGUCCUGAGCUCAACUGUCCCGAGUCGGAGCAGAUCACCUUGAGUGACAGAUGCUGUAAAGUCUGCAGAGGUCAUGACUUCUGCUCAGAGGGCCAUGGCUGCGUGGAGCACUCAGACUGUGUGAACCUGGAGGCAGGAGACUGCUGUGUCUGCAAGGACGGCUUCCGCCCACUACGAGACGAUAAUGCCUACUGUGAAGAUAUCGAUGAGUGCGCUGAAGGGAAGCACUACUGCAGGGAGAACACCAUGUGUGUUAAUACCCCCGGCUCCUUCAUGUGCAUCUGCCAUACUGGUUACAUCAGGAUUGAUGACUACUCCUGCACAGAGCAUGAUGAGUGCCUCAGCGGACUCCACAACUGUGACGAGAACGCCUUGUGCUUCAACAUGGUUGGAGGCCACAGUUGCUCCUGUAAGCCCGGCUACACUGGGAACGGAACAGUGUGCAAAGCUAUGUGUGACGGCUUGUGCCAGAACGGAGGAACCUGCAUCUCACCUAACAACUGCGUUUGCCAGCAAGGAUUUACCGGGAAGAGAUGCGAGACAGAUAUUGAUGAGUGUGCGGACGGCUUUGUGGAGUGUGAUAGCAAAUCUACUUGUGUCAACUUGCCCGGCUGGUACCACUGUGAAUGUCGCGAUGGCUACCAUGACAACGGCUUGUUUUCUGCCAGUGGGGAAUCGUGUGUAGACAUUAAUGAAUGCAAGACGGGGAGGAACACCUGUGCCAACGACACGGUGUGCUUCAACCUGGACGGAGGCUACGACUGCCGGUGCCCCCACGGGCACAACUGCACCGGCGACUGUAUCCAUGACAACAAGGUUAAGCACAGCGGGCAGAUCUGGGUGCUGGACAGCGAUAGGUGCUCCGUGUGCUCCUGUCAGGCCGGCCAAGUCAUGUGCCGCAGGAUGGUCUGCGACUGCGACAACCCCAACGCCGACCUGUUCUGCUGCCCCGAGUGUGACCCCCGCCUGAGCAGCCAGUGUCUGCACCAGAACGGCCUGCUCACCUACGGCAGCGGGGACACGUGGGUGGAGAACUGCCAGCAGUGUCAAUGCCUGCAAGGGCAGGUGGACUGCUGGCCUCUGCCGUGUCCACCCGUGGACUGUGAGUUUACCGUGGUGCCCGAGGGCGAGUGCUGCCCCCGCUGUGUCACCGACCCCUGCCUGGCCGACACCAUCCGCAACGACAUCACCAAGACGUGCACGGACGAGCACAACAUCUCACGCUUCAGUGGCUCCUCUUGGAUCAAACAUGGCACCGAGUGCACUCUGUGCCAGUGCAAGAAUGGACACAUCUGUUGCUCAGUGGACCCCAUGUGCCUUUAG